UCGCGAUGUGACCUAAAUCUAAUCAUCUGCGAGCGUCAUUGCGUCACACCCUUCUUGCUUCGGCUGCUUCUGCAAUCUAUCUUCUAUCGUCCGUUAAUUUACUAUAUCACCCUAUUUAUCUCGCAUUGUGCACGCAUACGCGCUUCCAUGUCUGUGUACCUCUCCCAACUUAAGUAACGCAAGGUUCACUUAUCAGAACCUCAUUACCGUCUGCCCGAACCCUGAUAAGCGCGCUCGCGUAUAGAAGACGUUUUUGGUAAGCAAAUUGAUUAUCAGAUCCACCUCCUUCCUCCUACUCCUUCCACUGGUGCUAUCUCAGACGCAUAUCCCCCAUUUGCACGUCAACGGUUCAGUUUUGAAUUUUAUGUGCUGUGCUGUGUUUAUCUGUUCCAUCCUUCCAUACCGGUUAGCGAUUGUUUCUCCCCCACACACCGGGGGUUGCACAUCCAUUCCAAAGUUGAACGGCAGCCAACAAACCUUUAUCGAGUGGAGUGUAUCCCCAGCGUACUACGGUGUAAAAUCUCCACCCCGAAAAAGAAGGCCCCGUUCAUUAGAGGGGUUUUGCUUCGGGGGAGUGCAUCAUUCCCAUCGUUUCGAAAGCAUCUGAAAGGUCUCAAGUGGAAAUCGGUGUGUGUGUGUUGAGUCUCUCCCUCUGCCUCGUCAUUGAACGACGAGCGACGAACUAGACGGGUGGCACGUGUGUGUCUGUGUGUGUGUUGUUAUUGCAAUGGCUAACAAAUGGCAAACAUGCCGUGAAUCGUGGCCAACAGUUUCGUACCAAUAGGGCGCACUAGACUAGACUAUAAAAUCGCGUGCAUUAGCGCACCGGCCGAUGAGCGGAGCGGAGGAUAGACACAGGCAGCUGAAGAUAUGUAUCAACAAAUUACCCAUUCAACUGUGUUCCGGCAUUAACCGAAUCUCAAUCCUUGGAAUCGGCAAGCAGCCACGAGCAUGGACAGUUACCGUUGACGCGGAACGAAGCAACGCAACGAACGCAACAACAAAUACUACAAAAAACACGUGUAACAUAACGCAAUGCGCUCGGUCGGCACGACGGACGGGGACGAAACGGCCCGGGACGAAGCGCCAGAAACGGGUGCCAGCGUGCAAGACGCCACGGAUGACCGGUGGCAAUGGAGGCGGCGACGACAACACGAAGAUGACAUAAAUUGGAAAAUGUCAGACCAGCAACAGGUGACACCGGAUCGGGCGGUCGCCACCGAUGGGCCGGCCGACCGAGCGCCAUCGCCCGCCCGGCCCCUCGCCGGCCCCUGCGAUGGGGAGAAUAAUCCAAUUAAAUCGUUGCGACGGCAACGGCGUGUUGAGGGCGCGUCGUGCUCCGGCCCUGCCGUCACAUCAAUCACGCCACCCACAGUGCCGAUUGGUGGCGCAGAUGCGGACACCCGAUGGUCGGCACGGCUGUUGCAUCAGGGCCAGCCGGCCGUGCUACUCCCCAAGCCAGUCGAGCCGAGCGGUGAUAAAAAUAGUCCACCCGCCGGCCAGGACGAUACGGCCAACAACAACAACAACAACAACAAUCGGGCCGAUGUGGCGCGCGAGCUGGAGGACGCACUGGAGCGGAAGCGCCACAACACGGUGAACGCCCGGCGACGCUGGAAGCUGCUGGCGAAGGCGCUCCGGCACGAUUCUAGCGAGGACGAUCAGUUCGCCAAGUUUAACCUGAUCGAGGCGGAUCGGGCCGGGGACGAGAAGGACGAGAACGUGUACGUGUACCGGCUGUACGAUCGGUACCGGUUGAAGAUCCGGCUGAUUGGGCCCGAGCGGCCCUGGACGGCGAGCGAGCUGAUCGGGUUCAACAACACCGGUAACAUCUGCGUGUGGCCGUCGGAGGAAGCGCUCGCCUACUACAUCCUUUCCCGGUUGUCCCAGUUCGAGGGAACGUCGGUGCUGGAGCUGGGCGGUGGUAUGACCUGUCUGGCCGGGCUGGUGCUGGCGAAGUACGGCCAGCCCGCCUUCGUGCACGUGACCGACGGGAACGAGCUGUCGGUGGAGAAUGUGCGCCACUCGCUCGUGCUGAACAAGUUCAGCUGCACGAUCAAAUCGUCCGUGCUGAAGUGGGAACAGACGGCCCGGACGGACCGGGAACCUCCGAACGAGCGGUACCACUUCAUCCUGUCCGCCGACUGCCUGUUCUUCGACGAGUCCCGAUCGCAGCUGAUCGACACGAUCUGGCAGCUGCUGGCGGACGAAGGCGUCGCGCUGAUCACGGCCCCGCGCCGCGGUCAAACGUUGGGCCUGUUUCUGGACGAGUGUGUCGCCCGGGGCUUCCACUACGAGCUGCUGCAGUGCUACAACGAGGCGAUCUGGGCGCGGCAUCUCGAGCUGAAGCAGACGGACGGGUACGACGAGAACGUGCACUAUCCGCUGCUGGUGAAGAUGUACAAGUACGGCCAGUGCGAUGGCGGCGGCAGCAUGCUGCACCGGUUGUGAGGUGCACCACGUUGCUACACAGUAUUUGGUUGGGCUGAGCAGGCUGGGCCCUCGUUCGUUUUCCUCCACUGCAGAUCCUAAUUCCAGAAACACGCACGUGCACAAACACGAUGACCAAGCCAAAGAGGUCUUCCAUGUUUUGUUUUUUGCCGUUGUGGCCUGGUCGACCGGGUCUUUAGUUGCUGGGUAGUCGUAAUUUAAUUGUAAGCCUUCCACACUUCCACACACACAAACACCAAGGAGAACGGAAGCUUCCAGCACGUGUGCGGAUCAGGUUAAAAGAGGACCAAUAAUGGAUGCACUUAAGCGGGACGCCCGGACCGGACGCAAGGCUGCAGGAGAUGCAUCCAACACACAAACUCAAUUUUCCCACAACAUGCACGGUAAGUAUUUAUAGUUCCCCAAGCAGUGGCGUUCGAUUUUCAUAGAUCAUGCGGAGCGGAUGCUUCGUUGUGGAUGCCGUUAGAAAAGGCGUUCUAAAACCAAGCAAAGUGGUGCCACCAAUGAGCGAUGGCGAAAUUUGCCAAAAACAGCGUUGCGUGAGAGAGAGAGGAACGGCAUUGGAGCGAUUCAAAAGUAUUCAACCUUAGGAUGGAGUGUAGACCGGACAUGCGGAUACAUCCUUUAUGUGAUAGGGUAGGGAAGUGGAAAACCAUUGGAAUAGAUAAGAGGGGGAUAAGUGAGAAGAAAAAACAAAGCCAAGCAAGCCUAAAUUAGCUCUAGUCUACACAACAAACGGAGGCGUUUGCGUGUUGGGGGAGCCGCUGCGUAAAGGUUUAGUCUCGGUACGCACAGCUAGUAGCUACAUGUGCCAUUUUAUUAAUGAAACGCAAACUGUACAGACAGAGAUAGUCCGGAGUGUGUGCGUGUGUCGGAAUGUGGUGCAUGCGCAAGGUUUUUGAAUGUUUAUUGUUUUGCAAUACUCUAGAACUCCAUUCAAAAGCAUCACCGGCUUCCUUUCUUUCGGUUCUAAAUUUGGAUGUACUACAUUUGCCGCUUGGCUGGAGGCAAAUGCAUGGCAAGUUCACGCGCCACCGUGUACUUUGCCACACCACCCACAGCAAAACGGCGUGCCGAAUGGGUGUGCGCACAAAAGAAAAAACACGUUCUGAGUCAGAGAGGUCGUGAGUGUAAGUGCAUGACGCAUUGUGGGCAGGGCUGUUGGUAUAGGUAGGUAACAGAAGAAGAAAAAUUAAAAUAAAUAGUGUUCCCUUUUUCACGCACAAAUACACCAAUCAAUGCAGUGGAGCCUGGAUAGAAGGGAAGAGCAAAUUGCGACCAAAUAAGUUUAUUUAAUUUUUUUUUAAUUAAUUUUAUCCUUUUAAAGCCCCCUCGAAUCCAGGUUUUCCAUCCGUAUCGAUACAAUCGUGAAGCAUAUGUGUGGCAAUUCCAGAAAGUCCAGUAUCACUGACGCCACAAGCAACCGACCCUGUUUGUACACUCCCGUGCGUUAGAUUCGAUAGAUUUUCAAUUAAUAGAUAGAAAAUUCAGAAUCCACGGAUCGUUUGCGGUUGAUCCAGUGCUGUUCGAUCCAUUAUAUCCACUAGCCUACUCUAAGGGUCGAUAUAAAAACCCUUACCAGCGAACCAGACAAAGAAGAGCAAUAAAAAAAGGAACUCCUUUUCGGUGCAGAUACAAAUUUUAUUCACUUAUUACUUAAAUAAAUAAUUACCUUAUGUAUGCAA